GCUCUAGUGAUGGGUUUGCGGUGGAACCGAAAUCUCGUUCGGACCUUAGCUAUGAGGAUCCUAGAGAAUCUGGUCAAAAGUAUGGUCAAUACUAGUUUCCAUCCUUGCGGCACAGCAGCCAUGCUGCCUCGCGAGUACGGUGGGGUUGUCGACGUUGAUCUGAAGUUGUACGGGGUUCGAAACCUUCGCGUUAUUGAUUCAAGCAUCAUUCCACUCAUAGCUAAUGCAGAUCUGCAGUCUAUAGUGUAUGCUUUGGCUGAAAAGGUUGAUCAUUCCUCCUUAUCGUGUUCUUGAUAAGUCAAGAUUGAUUGCUCAGGUCUCUCGCUAAUCUGAUUCAAAGGGUGCUGACAUGAUAAAGUCUCAGAAUAACAAGGCAAGAUCGGGGUCAUAAUUAGGCGAAUGCUAAUGGUAUGAUGGGCAUUACAAACAUGAAGAACACACAGGACCGUUUAUACUUACGAAGAAAAG